AUGACCCAGCUACGCGCAGAGUUGAGGGACCUGAAACUCUCCCUAUGCCGGAGAAGCCCAGCACCACGCACGCGAAAUCGAAGCCGCACCAUAGCUCAAGUCCAGGACGGAGAAACAGUGUGGACGAAUGUUGUUGACACUGGCGCAGCCAUCAGCGUAAUACCACCCACCAACAGAUCGGCCUUGAAACCCACCUCAUUCCAACUUCGAGCGGCAAAUGGCUCCACCAUAGAAACCUAUGGAACCAAGGAGCUUACCUUAAACAUCAACCUCAGGCGCGACUUCAAGUGGUCAUUCACUGUAGCUGACGUCAAGACACCCUUGCUCGGUGCCGACUUCUUGGCACAUUACAACCUGGCUGUCCAUAUGAAGACGUGGAGAGUCCUCGUCUUCAUAUGGACAGCCAUCCGACAACACGACAUCCAUCAAGAUCACAGGGAUCCCUUCGAGCUUCAACACAACUAG